UUCCUGUGUUUGCCCUCAACAAAGAUGGCGGCGGCGCUUCCCGGCCCCGGUUUUUGCCUUCAAUAAAGAUGGUGCUUGUGGUACAGGUCCCCUGACAGUCUGGAUUCCGGUUGCAGUUUUGUUUAUUUUAUUUUUUUUAAAGAUACGUGUCCGCAGACGGGGAAAUGGAGGCCAGAGACAAGCAAGUGCUUCGCUCCCUUCGCCUGGAGCUGGGUGCAGAGGUGCUGGUGGAGGGACUGGUUCUUCAGUAUCUUUACCAGGAAGGGGUCUUGACGGAAAGCCAUGUUCAAGAAAUCAAAGCUCAAACCACAGGCCUCCGGAAAACAAUGCUGCUGCUGGACAUCCUACCUUCCAGAGGUCCUAAAGCAUUUGAUGCAUUCCUCGAUUCCCUUCAGGAGUUUCCCUGGGUCAGGGAGAAGCUGGAGAAGGCGAGAGAAGAAGCCAUACCUGAGCUGCAUGCAGGUAACCAGGUAACUGGAAUCCCUCCACACAUCCUCAACAGCUCCCCGUCAGACCGGCAGAUUAACCAGCUGGCCCAGAGGCUGGGCCCCGAGUGGGAGCCCAUGGUGCUGUCUCUGGGACUGUCCCAGACAGAUAUCUACCGCUGUAAGGCCAACCACCCCCACAAUGUGCAGUCACAGAUGGUGGAGGCCUUCAUCCGCUGGAGGCAGCGCUACGGGAAGCAGGCCACCUUCCAGAGCUUGCAAAGGGGCCUCCAGGCUGUGGAGGGGGACCUCUCUGUACUCCAGCACAUGCUGGAAUGAUGGUGCCUCCAUCAAUCCUCUGGGAAGUGUGUCCCUGAGUCACAUGUGCCCUGGGCAGGUAGUCUUGUGUGUGUGUGUGUGUGUGUGUGUGUGUGUGUGUGUGUGUGUAUGAGAGAGAGAGAGAGAGAGAGAG